AUACUCUAGCGCAGUCUAUGUUCUAUUAGAACAACUAAUAAUUUCAAGUUGUUCAAAAUAGAAGGAAGUGAAUAAAUUUGAAAUAAUGGAUCAAGAUUCCUCGAAAUUGGAAGAUAUAUCACAAUACGUAAAAAAUUUGGAAUUAGAAAAUAAAAACGAAAAUUUAAAGUUAAUCAAGCUGAAUAACGAUUUAAAGAAAGAAGAGGCAAAAAAAAUUGAAUUCGAAUUAAAAAUUGAAGAAUUGAAACAAAACAUAGAUUUCUAUACCAGUCAAGCAAUGAAUUUUAGUAAACGAUUAAACUACGGGAAAAAAAUGUAUUCACAGUUUGAAUUAGCUACCGAAUGUUCCAAAAGAUUUAUCAGUCUAUAUAAUUCACCAUCAUCAGAUUAUUCAAUGGAAAGACGAGACGUGUUUAACUUUGAUAUUAGCGAUUUUUCCAAUGAAAUUGAACAACUCUAUCGGAAAAUACAAGAAAAUGUCACUAUAAUUAACGAUCUUUUAAAUGAUCUAAUGGAUUACAAAGAAACUUAGUUUUUUGUAUUUAUUGAUGUUUUGUAAUUCAGUUCUGGUAUAAUAAAAAACAUUUUGUGUUGAGAAAUCAUUUAUUUAAAAAGUAUACCUAACACGUAAACCUCAAUCUGUGAAAAAAUCAACCAAAGGACUUAUUGAUGACUUUACAAAGGUUUUAAUGUUAAUCCACUUUAAAAAUAUUUGUUAUUCGUUAUUUACAUAGACGAUUCAAAACCUUCUAAAAUGCGGUGAUAAUUCAAUCAAACUUAAUAUUCACGAAUAUCUUUCUCAAAUUCCUAAUCUACGUAAAUUUAAAACUUCUUUGUAGCUAUAAUAAUUAACUCACCACUACAUAGGUUAUCAACAUUAUUCUCUCAGGUAUGAUAACAUAU